AUGGAUGACGAGGAUGGAGAGUGGUUGAAGGCUUUCAACUCCAAGGCGGAGAGCAGUGGCACAAGUAACACUACACCGCCCAGUCCUCUCAAGGAAGCAAAGAGCGAGAAUGCCAUGGGGCCACCGACAUCAUCAGCUCGUCCGAGGAGAGAAAAGGGCAAGGAAAAGGAUACAAGUCAGCCCUCUGCCCCUCUGUUCAUCUCGGAAGACUCUUUCGAAUUCGUCAUGGGCGUAUUGGAGAAGAAUGUGGACGAUAACAUUCCGACCUUGGACGUUAAUCUCAACCUCAUGCCGACAUUUGCAGACGUAGAACACCUAUUCUCCACGCCCCUCCAACCAUCAUUCUUUCCCGAUUUCGAAUCACCAAAGGACAUUCCACCACUCAAAGAACUCACCCGACAAGCUCGGAGCAUAUACCCACACUGGAAAGAACGGCGCUUGCAACGCAAAGGCAAGACCAUUCUGCCCAGGGUCAAUUUUGAUGACAGUAACGACGGCGAUCCCUAUGUAUGUUUUAGACGACGUGAUAUUCGACAAACCCGGAAGGCUCGGCGGACAGACAAUUUUUCAGUCGAGCAAAUGCAAAAGCUUCAACUCGAAUUACGCUCAGCUCACCAGCUCGUUCAGAUGGUGCAGAGACGUGAAGCGGAGAAGAAGAUUUCCUACAAGGUGGACAAGGAAGUCUGGGAAGCGAAAUGGAAACUAUUCGAGACCAAACGACGCUGGCCAAGUCUGGGACUCACUCGAGAGGAGGAGGAAGUCAUCACUGGCCGACAAUCUCGAGAAUCUACAGUUGGCGGAGGCACCGUCAAUGCUGCCAUGCUUGGAGGAAGAGAGGCUUUGCAGGCUCAGCGCGAAAACGUCCCUGCGGCUCGGAGGAAGACGUUCGAAAAGGAUCGAGAGGAAAGGGACAAGCGCGACCGAGGGACGGCCGAUGCGCAAAGAUUGGCUGAGAAGACAAUGGCAUUCACUGGCGGUAAAUCGUACGCGCCAGAUGCUCUGAAGGAACGUGCGGCGGCCUUGAAUCAAAAGCUCUCGGAAGAGCUAGCCAAGCGGAAACUGGCCGAUGCGGAUUGGGACGAUCUGACAGAUUCAUCUUACCAGCCACUACCACCUGGACAUGGCGCCCACGCCUUCCGACCCGUCACCGCUCUGGAUCCGCAGCUCGCAGCCGCCUUCGCUCGUAACACCUAUGACGAUGAGGAGUCCUUUUCUCAACCAAUGUCACUUCGAUUGCGUCGUGGUAGAGGAGGCAUUUUACGUUUGGACAGGUUCGGACCAUUAUCUCGUGCUCGUCAGAGGCUCUCGGGCGACAAGUCUCCAUCUAAUCUCUCUGCGUGGUUGUUCCCGGAGAGCCCGCAUUUGCGGAUACCGUCAAGACGGCGCCCACGGUCCAUCGACGAUGUGGUCACGGACGAUGAAGAGGAAAGCGAUACUUUGGACCUCGCUUCUUUGAGUAUGAGAAGGCUCGACGAAAUGAGCCGAUACCAUGUGGACAGUGGUGGAGCUGUGGGGGUGGGUCUGGGAAUGGCUGGAGAUGAUGAGAGGAUAGUGAUCGAUGAUCUGGAUCCAAAAUACAUUCGGAAUCGAAUCUCCUUGCUUCGAGAAGGAGAUGUGGAUCGACUGCGACCCGACAUGAAACAGCUCGCUUCUGCUCUCCAGAAUCUCGAAGUCCCGGAGGAGAUGCCCGUAUCGCCAGUCUUCGUUCGACCUCAGAUCCAGCCGCCCAAUCCGCAGAUGAUGGCACAGCUGCAGCAACAGCAAUUGUAUCAACAACAGCAGAUAGAACAGUUCCAGCGCUAUCAGCUCAUGGCUCAACAGCAAGCCAUGCAGGCAGCUCAACAGCAACAAGCCGUUCUCGCUCAAGCACAGGCUCAAGCUCAGGCUCAGGCCCAGGUACAAGCUCAGCAGAACGCCCUCGCUCAACAAAGAGUGGCGUCUUCCGAUGCUGGCGGUGCAAGCUCUCCCUCUGUCAAUGGUACUGGUGUCACUGCUGCCAAUGGGCAGGUCAAUGGAAAACCACCUAUAAAUAGACAGCCCUCAUCUCAAAAUGGAGUCAACGGGGCUGCUGCUGCCAAUCAAGUCCGCCGAGCGUCCGCAUCUCCUACCAACAGUCUCCACAAGCCUUUCAAUGGACAGUCUCCGCAGAUGGUCAACGGUCUGGCUGUACCCGGUGGCGGUCCGAAGGGGCAGUUUGUCCCGCCUCAAGGAGCCAACGGUCAUCAUCUCGAUCCUCAGAUGCAACAAAGAAUUCUCGCUGCUCGAGCCAUCGCCGCUCAACAACAGGCUCAAAACGCUGCUCAGCAGCAGGCAAACGGCACGCACAAUGAGGAUAGCGCGAACGGACACGAUGGUACCAAUGGUGUCGGCGUUACUGCUGGGCCACCAAUACAGAUCACCGCCGAGCACAUUGAGAUAGCACGAGCGGCUCAGCAGGCUGGCUUCGGGAACAAUAUUGCGGCAUUUAUCGAAGCUCGAAACAAGGCUCGAUUCUUGACUAUGGCGAAACAGCAGGUGGCAGCUGCACAAGCUCAAGCCCAAGCUGCCCAGGCGAAUGGGGCAAACGGCACCGUUGCGAAUGGGAAUGGCAAUCAGCAUCUUCCAAUGCAAGGACAAGGGACGCCUCAAGCACAAGCAUUCAGCAGUCCUUCGCCGGCUCAAAUGCAAUUGAAAUUACCUGCUCAUGCCGCAGCGAGACUUGGAGCAGCUCAACAAAGUACAGGCGGUCAAGGUCAACGAGCGUGA